UGGUGGUCACUUCCGGUGCAGCGGAAUCCCGGGCAGCCGGCGCGGCUGCUGGCGGGUGAGCAGUAUCGUCGCGGAGGAGGCCCCAUGAGUGCGGCGCCCCUGGUGGGCUACAGCAGCAGCGGCUCUGAGGAUGAAACCGAGACCGAGGCCCGGGUCAGGCCGGGUACGGGAGGCCGCAGUCGUGGCCAGACCCCCCUUCCUGACCAGAGGUUGCCAGUGCCAGACAGUGUGCUGACCAUGUUCCCAGACACUGAGGAGGGGCCCAAGGAUGACAGUGUAAAACAUGGGGGGCGGGUGCGCACCUUCCCCCAUGAGCGGGGCAACUGGGCCACCCACGUCUACGUGCCCUAUGAAGCCAGGGAAGAGUUCCUGGACCUGCUUGAUGUGUUGCUGCCCCACGGCCAGAUGUACGUCCCCCGGCUGGUCAGGAUGGAGGCAUUCCACCUCAGCCUGUCCCAGAGCGUGGUUCUGCGCCAUCACUGGAUCCUCCCCUUCGUGCAGGCCCUGAAAGACCGUGUGGCCUCCUUCCAGAGAUUCUUCUUUACUGCCAACCGGGUAAAGAUUUAUACCAAUCAGGAGAAAACCAGGACCUUUGUUGGGCUCGAGAUCACCUCGGGGUACACCCAGUUCCUGGACCUGGUUUCGGAAGUUGACAGAGUCAUGGAAGAAUUCAACCUCACCACUUUCUAUCAGGACCCUUCAUUCCACAUCAGUCUGGCCUGGUGUGUGGGUGACGCACGUCUCCAGCUAGAAGGGCAGUGCCUGCAGGAACUACAGGAAAUCGUGGAUGAGUUUGAAGACUCGGAGAUGCUGCUGCGUGUGCAUGCCGAGCAGAUCCGCUGCAAGUCUGGGAACAAGUUCUUCUCGUUGCCUUUGAAGUGAGCACCAGGAGGCUCCUUGGGCCCAGGCCCUUCAGCUGGCCAGACAGGGAUGGAGGAAACUGCUAACAUCGAUGGUGAGGACCCCGGUCACGCUGUCAGCCUGGCAAGGGUGGCCACUCUUGAUGGUCCCCGGGGGCUGGCUCAUUCUCCUGGCCCUUUCGGGUUAUGGGACAGGUGCUGCUGUGUUGUGGUUGCUUCCAAAAAUCACCAGUAGAGGGCAGCGUGGGCCUCCUAGUUCCUGCCCUGUGGUAAUACAAAAAAAAAACUGGGUCACCCUGUGAGCCCACCCACACUCUCAGCCAGAAUCCCCACUGCACAUUCCCUCUAACCAAUACAUCCACCUCCCCGCCCCCUUCAGCUGUUUGCAUUUUGAUGCCAUUUGCCUCUGACGAGGGUUUUUUAAAUCAUCCCGCCCUGGCUCAUGGUCCUGGCUCAUGGUUGCUCAAGCCUGCUCAUAGGACACUAAUGUGGGUCCGUCACCCUCCUUCCUUGAAGUGUGUCACUUUUAUUUAUUUUUAAUCCCCCACCCCCCACCCCAUAAUAGCAGAGGCCAUUUCAGGGCCAAGGUCCAGAGUGCUAAUUUGUGGUUCAGCAUCAAUUUUCUCCAUUCCUUCUGCACGCCCUCAGCUAGUUGCCGGGGAAGACUUGUGCAGAUGUUUCAUUCUGGCCUGGCUCAGAGUGAAAGCCAGGCCUCCAAUGCCUGGUGGCCUCUGGCUCCCCUAAACGCUUUCCCAAAGAGGCAGAGGGAAGCCUCCCCCCUGGCGACCUGCAGCCUCUUCCUGCCUGCUGUGGCCUGCAGGCCUUCUGAGGAGGGGACGUGGAGGGGGACCAAAGGUUGCCCAGAAUUUUCUGUUUUUUUGUCAAGCCCUCUCCAGGGUAAAGGAGCAGUCCUAUCCAGUUGCUGUCUGGAUUCCUGGUGGUGGAUAAAGAGAUAUUUUUCAUGUUCUUGUUUUAAAUUAUGUUCAACAAAUAAAAACUACAGUUUUUGUUUUGGA